AUGACUAAGACCACAGAUGGCAAUGUCGUUAUCAACAUCUCCACAGCUUCUGAGGUUCCUCCUAAGAAUGCUGGAGUUGCUUUGAAACCUUUAGGAGUUGAAGUAAUCAAGUCUGAGAAUGGUUCCUUUGGUAGCAUUACUUCAGGUAGAGUAAUGUUACCUGUAGGAUCGAAAGUCGCUACAGGUACUAUAGAAUCGACAAUUUCUCCGGAUACCCUUAGCUCCGGCUUACCUUCGGAGGCCCUUGUCACUGAACAACCUAUCAAUGGUGAGGAAGUUGGUCUAGAGAUUGUACAUCAUGGAGGUGUCACCAAACCUGAAGUUGGAUUGGAAAUUGGGCCCGUAGAUUUCAGAACUACUUCUAAGCCAGGAAAACCAGAUAUUAUCACUGAAGGAGAGCCAAGUACUGGGGAGGAGAUCAUUGAUGGAGUUCCACCUAAAAAACCUGUCACCAAAACUCCAACGACUGCCACCAGUGAAGCUAUUGAGGGUUCUGGAGAAAGCACUCCCAGUGGAAGCACCAUAGAAGUUACAACUUCACCUUCCUCUACCUCAGAAAUCCCAGAAUCCUCCGGAGAGUUACCAACUGUUCCCUCAAAUUACAGCACUACAACUGAACAGCCAGAUUUGGUACUUUCGAUGGGGACACCCAAGGAAGAAAUAACUACUGGAACUCCCAGUGGCUCUACUGAAUCAACUCCCAGUAGUUCUACUUCCACUGGAACAACUUCCAGCGGAGAAGGGUCUAGUGCAACUACGGAGCAACCUGAUCUCGUACUAUCAAUGGGAACUACCGUAAAAACUGACGGAAGCACUACUGUACUAAGCACACCAGAGAAUGUAGUCACAGCUGGUGAAAGUACGGAAGUAGCAAGGACAACAACAUCUGGUGCUACUAAAGAACCCAAGAGUGCUGAAUCACCUUUUACCACACCGUUAACGACGACUAGUGAAAGAACAUCUUCUUCAGAGACGUCUACCACCGUCACUGCGUUCCCCACAAUUGUAAUUGACGAGACCGAAGGAUCUGGCGUUGAGAAAGAUGAGCGCCCAGAACAACGGAAGCCGCCAGCAGCAGUAUCAAGUACAACAGAAGAAUCAUCCACUCCUACAACUGCUAAACCUUCGACAAGAACCGACAGUUUUAAAGGCAACAGGAUCACUACUACUACAAGUGCGGAGCCAGCCGGCACAACUACUCCCACAAGCACUUUAUCUACCACUACCAAUAUUAGUUCUUCUGUCGAAACUACCUCAGUUCCUGCUACUACCGCUUCAAGUUCCUCAUCAACCACUGGUACUUCCUCAUCUGAAACAAGGCCUAGCUCCUCCUCAGCUGCUCCAGAGGCUACAGAAACUCCUGAAGUAGAAAGGAAGGAUAUUGUUGGUCCAAGUGGAGAAUCUCAACGAGAG